AUGGUUCUGCACAACCCCAACAACUGGCACUGGGUGAAUAAGGAUGCCUCCGGAUGGGCCAAGGAUUACCUGAAGGAGAAGCUCUGCGCGCUCUCCGUCGAGGAAAAUGGUGUCACCGCCAAGAUCUCCAACCUCCUGUCUAUGGAUGGCGACGUAGACGUCAGCCAGAGAAAAGGCAAGGUCAUCACCUUGUUCGAUGUCAAAGUACAGCUAGAGUAUGAAGGUAAGACCAAGGACGAGGAGUCUGUUAGCGGUACUAUCACCAUCCCCGAGGUUGCCCACGACACAGAGGAAGACGAGUAUGUUUUUGAGAUUGACAUCUACUCUGAAUCCUCUUCCAAGCAGCCGGUGAAGGACCUCGUGCGGUCGAAGCUUCUGCCCCAACUCAGACAGGAGUUGGUCAAACUUGCGCCUGCCCUGAUCACUGAGCAUGGCAAGGAUAUUCAGCAUGCCCCCGGUGAGAACCCGUCCAAGGGUUUUACCGCCCCAACCUAUCACCCUCAAACUAAGAAGGACACACCUGCCCCCAAAACGAUCACCACUUCUACCAGCGGCAAGGUUGCUGUCAACACUACUACCGUGAUUGCCUCGGAUGAGUUCCGUACCACCGCUGAGGAAUUGUAUAAUACCUUUACAGACCCUCAGCGCAUUGCCGCUUUCACCCGCGGAGCGCCUCGUCAGUUCGAGGGUGCCCAGGUUGGCGGAAAGUUCGCCAUCUUCGAUGGCAACGUCACCGGAGAAUAUACUAAGCUGGAGAAACCGACUCAAAUCGUGCAGAAGUGGCGUUUGGCCCAGUGGCCCGAGGGCCACUUCAGCUCCCUCGAGAUCAACUUUGACCAGAACGAUGUCGACGGCGUUACCCAAAUGCGUGUGUCGUGGACUGGAGUUCCCGUUGGCCAGGAGGAUGUCACCAAGCAGAACUGGGAAAUGUACUAUGUUCGCAGUAUCAAGCAGACUUUCGGGUUUGGCACUAUUCUCUGA